CUAUUUAAAAAGUAAUUUAGUCCGUACGAAGUGUGUUGCCGUAGUAACCGAUGUUUAGGCUUUUCUUCAAAACGGGUACUUUUGCGAGGUAGUAGUCUUUGGUGAGAUGUAUCAGGUGUUGCUGGCGUUGUGAAUGGAGUAGUUUUCGGUUGGAUAAAAAGAAAGUGAAACACCUCACAGGACAAGAUGUCCUACACAACUCAAAAACAGUUUCUGAGCAUUGCGUUUCCAACCGAAGGCCCAAAGCUACCGAGCCGUAAGCGAAGCGAUGCAGUUCUCAAAUCGUACAGCUCCUGCUACGACUACCGGGCCUGGUCCCGGGAUGGGUUGAAGCAGUCGCAGUUCAUAGAAGAUGUCGCCAAUCGAACAAUAUCGCAGGGUGCAAAAGUUCCACUUUACUCCUUCUCCGGGGCAGAUCUGACGAAAGAAAUUCUAGUUCGUCUUGAUGCGGAUAAUCUAGCCGAUUACAUCCUCAGCUUAAGGGAUGAUGUGAAGAAGAAGCACACCGCGAUCGAAUCGCUGGAACAGGCCAAAACAGAGCUGGUGAAAAAGAGCGAAACGCUCGACGAAAAGUUGAAAGCAUUGGACGAAGAAAACCGACUGCUCAGUGCCGAAAUCGAACGGAUCGCUGCGUGUCAGGAGCAGCAGCGUGAAACCGCUCAGUUUGACGAGCAGGAACUUGCCGAAAUCAGUCAAAUGAUCAUCGAUCUACGGGACCACAAUGAGGAUCUCGAGGAGGAGAUGGUUCAUUUGCGGGAACAGUUAAAAACGUUUCAAACGGCCGCCGUUACUGAAUCACCGAUUGGAGAUAGCAGGGCGAACGUUGAGGCAGAGAACAAUUUUCUCAAAUUUAAGGCAAAGGACUACGAUCGGUUGGAAAGUGAGCUGGCGUUGUUUAAAGCUGAGUAUGAUGCACUGACACAGCAGAAGCGAGAGCUGGCGGAAGAAGUGCAGCGCUCGCAGCAGUAUCGAUUGAGGGCAGUGGAAUUGAAACAGAACCUUAAAGAUGAACUGCACCGUAGAGAGGCGUGUGAGGAACAGAUUGAAAUGUUGGUGAACAUGUACGAACAGCAAUCGGUUGAACUGAAUCAAUUGAAGGAUCACACGUUGGGGCGAUCUUCUCGGGAUCGACUGUUUGAUGAGUCAACGGAUGAUCAGUACGGCUCGCAAACAACUGUCACUGAGAAAAUUAUAGAAAACACCGAUGAUCAAGAAGUAGUCGAAGAUCGCGGAGUAGUUGAGAGUCGCGGCGAUAGUUCUGUGAAGGAAUCUUCCACCUGUUCUAAUUGCCCCAAGCAUUUACAACAGAUUCAAGAGCUAAAUGUACAAAUUCAAAAACAAAACCAAAACAUCGAGGAACUCAAUCAAACUAUCAAAGAUCAAUCCCAACAUAUCGAGCAGCUUAAACAACAAACCCAGCUCCUGCAAGUCCAGAGUACCAGCGAAACGAAACCAAUCGCUGCAGACAGUACAAUCCAUCAGCAACAAAUAAUUGAUCUUCGCCAGGAGUUAGCCGAAUGUCAACGACAGCUACAGCAAGCAUCGGAAAAUUAUGCAACACUCCGUGAAACUUCAAUGGCUGACUGUAAAGAGUUGGGACGCUUGAAGCUGCAACUAGAGCAACUAACCAGUGGCUCACCGUCCGAUGUGACCGUGGGACAGCUGGAGCUACUGGCGGCAAACGAGAAGCUUAAUAAACUGCAGGAAGAAAAUGAAAAGCUUAGGGCAGAUCUUACCAUAAACAAAGCUCGGGUCGUAGAACUAGAAACGAAAGUGCAAUCGCUGCCAAGUGCUCCGAUUCAGGCGGAGAAUACUAAUGUUGGUGGUGGUGGUACAGAAUGUUGUGUUGAAAAGGCAGGCAAAAUUUCCGAACUGGAGCAAAUCAUUUCCGGACUGAAGGAUGCCUCAUCUAAGGCGGAAGGUGUGACUGCAAGCAAUGCGGACGAAAAUGCAAAACUUGUACAGAAAAUAGCUACGCUAGAAAAGGAGCUGCAAGAAAGGGAUCAGAAAUUGAAGACAUUACAGGAAACAACAUUGCCCCCUCCUCAAUCUGCGCCUGUAGAAACCGGUGUCGAUAGCACUCAGAUGGAAACGUUGUUAUCUCAGCUGACCGAGAAGAACUCAUUGAUCGAACAGCUUCAGGGCAAGUUGAACACUCUAACGGUGGUGGCUGAAGGAAACGCGUCUGCCUCCGGUGAUGAUGCUCGUGCUUGUCAGGAGGAACUAGCAGAGCUGCGAGCCCGCCUGGCUGGAUGUGAGGAGGAUGCAAUGGCCAAACUGCUGAUGCCUAAUCCUUCCAAGGAGUCGAGAAAAAGCGUCCGAAUUAGUGACGAAGUGGAACAGUUUGAGCCCCUGUCCAUCAAGGAAGAGCUGGACCGUGGAGAGGAUGAGAAAGAAACGGAGGAAAUUAAGCCCGAACCGGACGAGAACGAAUCUGGCAAUGAGAACAAUGCGUGCAACGAUGCUGACAAUGAGGACGAUGCGUACGACGACGACGACGACGAUGGUUCUGGGGUUGCUGUUGAGCGCAACAAACUGGACAGCUCGUUCGGCAAGCUCGAGCAGCUGCAGGACAACCUUAGCAAACGCCACUCGGCGAAGGCACGCAGCUCGACGAUGGGUGUGCUGGGGGGUGGAAUGCGCGACUGCGACUGCAUUCAGGCGAUAGCAUUUAAGAUAGCGCAGGGUGGGCUGGAGCUGCUGCUGGUGGCGGAGCUGUACGUGUUGCUGCAGGAAAUUUGCGGUGCCAUCACGCGGAAGAAUGCCGUGCUCGGCCGUAAUGUGACGGUGCUGGCCAACAGCAUGACAAAGUGCUGGCAGGUCAUCACGGACGCACGGGUCAUGAUGAACAUGGAGCUGACGGACCGUACCAACCACCAGUCGGUGGUGCAGUCGGCCGAAAGCAUGAAUGUGCCGGCCGAGGACAACCGCAGCCGAACCGCCAGUCACAUGGGUCAUCUGAAUCGACCCAGCCUUUGGCCGGGCAUGCUGGACAGGAAACCAUCAGUCCCGGUGCACAAAUCGCUGUCGUCGGUUAGAGGUGACGAUAACAGACACUCCAAGAUGGGAACUAUUGAUGUGGAGAGGCGCCGAACUAUCAAAUGGAUGGAGAAUAUGAAGAAAUCGUAUCCUUGAGGUUGGAAGUACGAUUCGUUUUGGAGUAGUUUUAGGCUUAGAGCAGGAUUUUUUGGGAGCAGUUGGAGAAGAGAAGAAAACGCUCGUUAAAUUUGGAAAAGAAAAACAAAUUGAAGUUAAAUUCAGAAGCCCAAUGCUAAAAUGCAUCUGAAGUGAUCCUUAGCUCAGGAUAGCUGAGUUAUUCAAUUCUAUUCAACGAUCAAUAAACAGUCGUAACCCGUUGAAGAUAAA